UUUAGAGGAAUCGAAACAACAAAACGACAAAAGUCUACCUUCCCCCAAUCGAACCCCCAAAAUCCGAUAACCAAAUCCCUAAUUUCUCUUCUAUCGUCAAAUCUCCGAUGGACGACACGCUUCCUCCUCCGCCCUCCCCUUCAUCUGACGAAGACUUCCCCAUAGACGGAGCGUGGUAUGGCAACAUCCAAUAUCUCCUCAACAUUUCAACCAUCGGCCUCCUUUGUUGCGUCCUCAUCUUCCUCUUCCUCAAGCUCCGCAGCGAUCAUCGCCGUCUCCCCGGACCCUCCGCUCUAUUCUCUAAGCUCCUUUCCGUCUGGCACGCUACCGGCCGUGAGAUUGCCCGCCACUGCGGAGCUGAUGCCGCCCAAUACCUCUUAAUCGAAGGUGGCAGCUUCUCCGUUCUCUUAUCUGUUGCCGUUUUGGCUGUUUUCGUAUUACUCCCCGUAAAUCUCUACGGCGGCACUGCUGUAUUAGGGGAUGAGUUCUCCAAAACAACUGUAAGUCAUAUUAGUAAGGGUUCAGUGUUACUUUGGGUACAUUUCAUUUUCGUACUUCUUGUUGUUAUUAUUUUCCAUUAUGGAAUGUCUGCCAUCGAAGAAAGAUUAAGAAUUACUAGGUUUAGGGAUGGUAAUGGAAAUUUAAGUGAUCCCAAUUCCAAUUCAACGGCGAUUUUUACAAUCAUGGUUCAGGGUUUACCUAAGAAUCUAGGGGUUGAUAAAGGUAUUUUGCUCGAGUAUUUUCAGUAUAAAUAUCCAGGGAAAGUAUACAGGGUAAUUAUUCCUAUGGAUUUAUGUGCAUUGGAUGAUUUAGCCACUGAAGUAGUUAAGGUUAGGGAUGAAAUUACCUGGUUGAUUGCGAAAAUUGAUUCGCUUCUUCUGCCAGAAGAAAGUGAAGAUGAUAUGAACGGAUGUGAAGGGUUUUUGGGUUGGAUCCGUUGGUUGUGGAGGACAAUCCAACGUGUUUUCGAUCAGAUCAUGAGUAAAUUUGGGUUUACAGAUGAAGAAAAAUUAAAAAAGCUGCAAGAAUUGAGAGCCAAGUUGGAGACCGAAUUAGCGGCUUAUAAGGAAGGAAAUGCGCAGGGUGCUGGAGUUGCUUUUGUGAUGUUUAAGGAUGUAUAUACUGCAAAUAAAGCAGUUCAAGAUUUUCAGAAUGAGAAAAAGAGGCGGUUUGGGAAGUUUUUUUCUGUCAUGGAACUAAAGUUGCAGAGGAACCAAUGGAAAGUUGAACGAGCCCCAUUGGCCACUGAUAUUUACUGGAACCAUUUGGGAUCAACAAAAUUGUCACUGAAACUGCGAAGAGUGUUUGUGAACAUGUGUUUGUUGUUGAUGCUUUUGUUUUUCAGUUCUCCGCUUGCAGUAAUCACUGCUGUGCAGAGUGCUGCUCGGAUUAUUAACGCAGAAGCAAUUGAUCAUGCACAGUCAUGGUUGGCUUGGGUGCAAAGUUCAAGCUGGAUGGCAUCUCUAAUCUUUCAGUUUUUGCCCAAUGUACUUAUAUUUGUUAGCAUGUAUAUAAUUGUCCCUUCAGUUCUUUCCCAUCUUUCCAAGUUUGAACGGCAUCUCACGGUAUCCGGUGAGCAGAGAGCAGCAUUGCUAAAGAUGGUUUGCUUCUUCCUUGUCAAUUUGAUCCUACUGAAGGCUCUUGUUGAGUCAUCAUUGGAGAGUGCAAUCCUUCGGAUGGGUCGAUGCUAUUUGGAUGGAGAAGACUGCAAGAGAAUUGAGCAGUACAUGAGUGCAUCAUUCCUUUCAAGGUCUUGCCUUUCUUCUCUUGCAUUUCUAAUCACAAGUACAUUCUUGGGAAUAUCAUAUGAUCUGCUGGCUCCAGUUCCUUGGAUAAAGAAGAAGCUUCAGAAGUUUCGGAAGAAUGACAUGCUCCAGUUGGUCCCUGAGAAUAUUGAGGAGUACCUGUUAGAAAAUCAGAACCUGAAUAAUUUGCGGAGACCACUGUUGCCAGAGAGUUUAUUCGACUCUCCUACGAUGGGUGGAAUUGACAUUCAGGGACAGGAUCUUUCAGUCUAUCCUAUUAGCAGCCGGACGUCGCCUAUACCCAAGCAGACGUUCGACUUUGCACAGUAUUAUGCGUUUAAUUUGACAAUAUUUUCCCUGACCUUGAUAUAUUCGUGCUUUGCUCCUAUUGUGGUGCCAGUGGGUGCAGUCUAUUUUGGAUAUAGGUAUGUGGUUGAUAAGUACAACUUUCUGUUUGUGUAUAGAGUCCGUGGAUUUCCUGCUGGGAAUGAUGGAAGGCUUAUGGAUACGGUAUUGUGUAUCAUGCGGUUUUGCCUCAAUUUGUUCCUCCUCUCGAUGCUUCUGUUCUUUUCAGUGAAAGGAGACUCCACAAAGCUGCAAGCCAUAUUUACUCUGGGAUUGCUAGUAAUUUACAAACUGUUGCCUUCUAAGAAUGAUAGUUUUCAACCAGCCCUGUUGGAAGGCAUGCAAAAUAUAGACAGCAUUAUAGAUGGACCCAUUGAUUAUGAGCUUUUCUCACUACCUAGAUUCGAUUGGGAUACAUAUGAUUUAAGACUUUGACGGUUCUAUUAGUUAUUUCAACAUUUGUGUAGUGUACCACGAUGGCCUUUUCUAAUGAAGUUUUUAAUGCAU